AUGCCUCCCAAGAAAGAGGCUCUCUUGCCCUCCGAGAUGGUGUAUGCGCGACUCAAGCACCCUCUUACCUCCCAGCGUCCUGGCCGUCAGUCCUCUACUGUCGAGGUGGCCCAUGACGAGCAGCCUAGUUACGAAUCCUUUGUCCUGGGCAAUGGAGAGAAGAAGAUCGAGGUUAGAAUCGAGUCUCACAUGCCAUCUUCCGCUGUCUUCACUUUCAACAAGGAGGAUCACACCCUGGGAAAUAUGAUCACUGCCCGCCUGCACCAGAACCCCAAAGUCAUCUUUGCAGGAUACAAGGUUCCCCAUCCUUUGAUCCCCAAAUUCGAACUUCGGGUCCAGACAAACGGAGACAUCACUCCCAAGGAAGCUCUCAUCGCUGCCUGCCAUGAUCUGGUCAAGGACCUGGGAAUCCUCUCCCGCGAAUUCACCAAGGAAUACGAACUCCGCAAGAUGGCGAUGUAUUCGUCCUCGAAUUCCUUCCUCGGCGGUGCCGGCGGUGCUCGCCCGGGACAGGCGCCUUCCCUCCAGCAUCCGCAACCUCAGCAUCAGCCGCUGUACGCCCAGCAACAGCAACAGCUACAGCUUCAGCCGCAGCAGGGCUUCCUCCCCCAGCCUACCGGGUUUGUCCCGCAACCUACGGGAUUCGGCAAUGCUCUCCUGCAACCACAACCCACUGGUUUCCCGGUCGGCGCCGGCGGUGGUGGCCAGCUUCAACCUCAGCCCACGGGGUUUCCCCAGGUCCAACAGCCUCAGUUUACAGGAUACCCGGGUCAACAACAACAGCAGCUUCAGCAGCAGCAGCAGCAGCAGCAGCAGUUUCAGCUUCAGGUCCCUACGGCGACGGGCAUGCCCUCCCGUCCGUUGACUGCUCAUACCUCGUCGGCUAUUGCUGACUCCUUUCGCGACCUGUCCUCUGAGACGGCGCCCGUCCCGCCACCCAAGGCUGCCGGGUCCAGGAUCCCCAGUAUUCGACUCUCCUUCAUCACGGCGCAGGACCAGGCCAAAUUCGAACAGUUGUUCAAGUCUGCCGUGGGGGAUAGUCAGACAAUGGAUGGUGAAAAAGCGAGGGAUCUCCUGUUACGUUCCAGGCUGUCAGGGAGUGAUCUGUCGAAGAUUUGGGUCCUCUCGGAUUCUACAAAGUCAGGACAACUCUUCUUUCCCGAAUUUGCCUUGGCCAUGUAUCUGUGCAACCUGCGUCUGACGGGCAAGGAGCUGCCGCCGGCGCUCCCGGAGACGGUCAAAAACGAAGUCUCGAGCAUGGUCGACAUCAUCUCGUUUGGCGUCCCGGAUACCCAACCCCAAUCUGGCCCCAGAACCAAUGCUCCGAGUUUCGACGCGCCCCUGCUGGAAAACAAAACCGCCCCGCCUGCCCCCCAGCAACCCCAGCCGCAGCAACCGUCCAACAGCCAACUCCUGUCGCAGCUGACUGCACAGCCAACGGGCAUGUUCCCCCCCUCCGCCACCGGGUUUCCUGGACAGAAUCAGGGCCUCGUUCCGCAGCCGACAGGGUUCCCCGGCCAUCUCGCCGCCCCGCAGAUCAUUCAGUCGCAACCGACUGGGUUUGGCCAACAAAACCCACAACCCACAGGCUACACCGGGCCUCGUCCUCCCAUGCCGCCCAUGCCCACCGGUUUCGCGUCCAGUCUUAGCCCGGUCCCAACCGGCAUGGCGCCGCUGGCCGCCCAGCCGACCGGCAUUCCAGGACAGUGGGGGUUUGUCAACACUCCGGCCACCGGACUGCCGAACAUUGAUGCGUUGAAGCAGCAGCUCAUGCCCCAGCCGGGCCGCGAAGGCGGCUUCACCACCGCCGGCCUGGCUGGAAAUGCAAACAUCCCGUGGGCCAUCACCAAGGAAGAGAAGAAAAUCUACGAUGAUCUUUUCCGUGCCUGGGAUGGCUUCCGUAAAGGGUUCAUCGGGGGUGACACGGCCAUCGAAAUCAUGAGCCAGAGUGGUCUCGACCGUCAAGAUCUGGAGCGCAUCUGGACGCUGGCGGACCCCAACAACCGCGGCCGAUUGAACAUGGAUGAGUUUGCCGUCGCCAUGCAUUUGAUCUACCGCAAGCUCAACGGGUACCCGGUCCCCAACCGCCUGCCGCCCGAACUGGUGCCCCCCUCCACGCGGAACUUAAAUGACUCGAUCGGCACGAUCAAGUCUCUCUUGUCGCAGGAUGCCGAGCAGCGCAAGUCGUCGGGUGCCUUCCUUCAGCCUCAGAAGACCGGCGUGAGCUACCUCAAGGAGCAUUCCUUCCGUGGUGGCGCAACUUCCCCCAGCUUCGGCCGAAAGGAUGCAACCGUAUACAAGAACAAUGAUGAUGCUGCGGGCUACCGUUCUAGUGCUCGUCGCCGGGUGGGCAACGAUACGGGCCGAACCCCGUCUCCCGCAGCUUCCCAGACAUCCACCACUGACGAUGAGCUGUCUCUCGACCAGCUCAAGAAGAAGAUCCGCGAGGCCAAGAUCAUGCUGGACGCAGUGGAUUUCCAGGAUGAACAGAGAGCCGAGGAAGACGAUGCUCUGGACCGUCGGGACCGCCGGGAAGCGGAGAGCCUGAUGAGCCGGAUUCGGCGGGUGCAGGACGACAUUGACACACACCCCAAUGCUUCAUUCCGGAGCCUGGACUCGGGCGCAGAACGCAGGUCCCUGCGUCGCCAGCUGCAGUCCUUCCAGGACCAGGUGCCCACGGCGGCUUCCGAUGUCCGCAGGCUGGAGCGAGAGAUCGCCGAGGCGAAACUUGAACUCUUCCGUCUGAAAGAUGCUAAGGCUCAUCCCGGUAGUGCUUCCAACAUCAUCGGCACCGGUCCUGGCGGCAUGGUGACCGAAGCGGACCGCAUCAAGGCCCGGGCCCGAGCCAGAAUGCAGGCGCGUGCGGCCGAGCUCGCCGGAAGGCCCGCUCCAGCCUCCCUCGAGGACGAUGGCGAUGCGGCUCGCCGCCUGGAGACAGAGACUGCCAAGGUGAAAGCGGACCGGGAGCGAAAUGAAGCCAUGACCCGUGAUGUCGAGGAGAGCGUUCGGGAGUUCGCGGGUAGUCUCGAGGACAGCCUUCGCGAAGAAGGCGAGAGUUCGGCCCGUGAUCACGAGAAGCGUCGCUGGGAGGAUGCCUUGGGUGUCGAGGAUAUCAUUCGCGACUUCAUUUACGAUCUGAACCGUGGAAGUAGAACGGCCGACGUGCGGAAGGAAGAAGAAGCUAGGCCUCAGCCGGCUUACCAGAAGGAGACUACGGAGACUUCGGUUCCAUCAAGACCUUCCCCGGUAUCCGCUAGCUCUAGCAGAGGUCCGGGAACUCCUGUGGGAGCAACUCACGAGGAUCGGGUGGCCGCCGCGAGAGAGCGUGCUCAGAAGCGGAUUGCCGAGCGCAUGGCAGCUGCCGGUCUGAAGCCAGCCGCUGACAAUGAGGAGACGCUGGUCCAGCGCCAGGAGCGUGAAAGGCGCGAGCGCGAGGAUCGAGUGAAGCGUGCCGAGGAAGAAGACGCCAAGCGUGAACAGGAGAGGCAACAACGUCUGGCUGCAGAGCGCGCGCCAGCCAGUGCUCCCACCAAACCCGCCGGCAAGAAGCCUCCGCCGGCACCACCCACCCGCCGAGGACGCGCGGACAGUGUUGAACAGCAGGCUGAAGUGAAGAGGGCCGAGGAAUCCGCCAAGGCAGCUCAGGCCCACGCCGCCCGUGAACAGUCCAUCCGGGAGGAGCAGGAAGCGCAGGAAGCGGAGACCAAGCGGUUAGAGGAUGAGGAGAGAAAGCAGGAAGAGGAAUUGCGACGUGAGAAAGAGGCACAAGAGGCUCGUCUUCGUGACCUCGAGGAACAGGUCCGGCAAGGCAAGUUGAAGAGGAAGGAGGAGAAGCGCCGUAAGGAAGAGGCGGGACGUCAGGCAAAAGAAAAGGAGGCGGCGCUUGCGGCCCAGCGGGCCGAAUUGGAAGCAGCCAGGGAGCGGGAACGUCAAUUACAGCUGCAGCUGGAGGGUCUCGAUGACGAUGAUGACAGCUCGUCGGAUGACGAAGGCCCCGUCAGCAUCACGCCCCAGGACAGCACCCCGACACAGAGCCAGGUGCUUCCCGCGGCAGUGCCUGCUACUACUACUUCGGUUCCAGAAGAAGUUGAGGUGCCAGCGCCACCACCAGUGGAAGUUAGCUCGCCGGUGAGCAGCCGUACCGGAGAUGAGGUUGAAUCGCGGAACCCAUAUCGAAACCUGAGCCAGACUUCUUCAACCGACGGUCAAGCGGCAGCCGCUGCUGCUGCCGCUCCUGCUGCUCCCACGUCUCCCGAAGUCUCGUCCACAAAUCCUUUCUACCGGUUAGUUCAGCAGGAGCACACCGGUGUCAAGCCUGUCUCCACCUUUGGCCGGCCUCCGGUCGGGACCAAGACCCAUGUCCGUCCAGAAUCCGAUGACUGGUCUGUUGCCGGCUCCGAUGUCGAAGAUUCCUCGGACGAUGACGACGAUGACCGUCCGGGUGGUGGCACCGCUAAGCAGCUGGCAAGCAUCCUAUUCGGCGCUAUGGCACCUCCACGACCUCUCAGCGCAAUGGAAGAUAACAAGUCACCAUCCAAGUCAGCGACCCCGGUACAACAGGGAGGUCCUUCUGCCCCUCCUCCUCCUCCUCCUCCUCCCCCGCCUCCCCCUCCUGCUACCGCUUCUCCUCCCGUCCCAGGGAUGAGCUUCGAUGCGCCGUCUGCCCCGCCGCCUCCGCCUCCACCUCCGCCACCGCCCGCUGCCCCGGCAGGUAUACCACCUCCGCCGCCGCCGCCACCCCCUCCUACUGGUGCUCCGCCGCCGCCCGCUCCUGCGCCUGCGUCGACCGGCCCGGGAGAUCGCAGUGCUUUGAUGGCAUCGAUUCAAGCCGGUAAGGGGCUGCGCAAAGUGCAAACGAAUGACCGGAGCGGGAAUGCUACGGUUGGCCGUGUUCUAGACUAG